AUGGCCACGGAGGAGCCGCUCCUGGGCCUGAGCGGCACGGUCGCCGGGAGCAAGCACGGAGGCGAGGAGGAAAGCCUGGUGUGGGCUGAGAUCAAGAGGCAGCUGUGCCUUGCCGGGCCGCUGUCCCCGGCCUACCUCCUGCAGUACGUCGUCCAGCUGAUGUCGCUCAUGUUCGUCGGCCACCUCGGCGAGCUCGAGCUCGCCGGCGCCUCCGUGGCCACCUCCUUUGCCACCGUCACCGGCUUCAGCUUGCUGGGGGGCAUGUCGACGAGCCUGGAGACGCUGUGCGGGCAGGCCUUCAGCGCGAAGCAGCACCACCUGCUGGGCGUGCACCUGCAGCGCGCCAUGCUGGUGCUCGUCCUGGUGAGCGUCCCGGUGGCGGCGAUGUGGGGCUACACGGGCGAGAUCCUGGCGUGGUUCGGCCAGGACCCGGAGAUCGCGGCGGCGGCGGCGGGCUACAUCCGGGGCCUGAUUUCGGCGCUGCUCGUGAACGGGCCGCUCAACUGCCACAUGCGGUUCCUGCAGGCGCAGAACGCCGUGGUGCCCGUGAUGCUGGGCUCCGGCGCCACGGCGCUGGCCCACCUGCCCGUCUCCUGGCUGCUGGUGCGCGCGCUGGGCCUGGGCAGCGCCGGCGCCGCGCUGGCCAUCGCCGUCUCGUACGCGGCCAACCUGUGCUUCCUGGCGCUCUACGUCAGGCUCUCGCCGCGAUGCCGGAGCACCUGGACGGGCUUCUCCCGCGAGGCCUUCCGCGGCAUCCCGGCCUUCUUCAGGCUCGCCGUGCCGUCCGCCAUGAUGGUCUGCAUAGAGUGGUGGUCCUUCGAGCUCCUGGUGCUGCUCUCCGGUCUCCUCCCUGAUCCCAAGCUCGAGACGGCCGUCCUGUCCAUCUACAUCAACACCAUCACCUUGGCAUUCAUGGUUCCUUUCGGACUUGGUGGUGCCACAAGCACGCGUGUCUCGAACGAGCUUGGCGCAGGGCGGCCGCAGGCAGCCCGUCUGGCGGCCUGGGUGGUCGUGCUCCUGGCUCUCAUGGUCGCCGCCAUCGGAGGGCUGGUGAUGGUGCUCGUGCGCAACCUAUGGGGGUACGCGUACAGCAGCGACGAGAGAGUGAUCAAGUACAUUGCCAGGAUGCUGCCGCUCCUCGCCGUCUCGUUCUUGUUCGACUGCGUACAGGGUGUGCUAUCAGGUGCCAUUAGGGGCUGCGGCCGGCAGAAGAUCGGCGCCUCCAUCAACCUUGCUUCCUACUACCUUGUUGCUAUCCCUCUGGGAUACUUCUUCGCCUUUGGCUGCCAUGUCGGAGGAAUGGGGCUCUGGUUUGGCCUCUUGUGUGGGCUGGUGGUGCAGACGAUCUUGCUAACCUGCAUCACAUUAUGCACCAACUGGGACAAAGAAGCAGUGAAGGCGCAGGAUAGAAUCCACAGUUCUGCUUGUCAUGGAGAUAUGACAACAUGAAUGCAGUUUCGUUGUGAACUCGAGGGACCAUUGGUGCUGUGAUGUGAGAGGACCAGAAGGGCUUUAUAUUAGUGUGCUUUUCAAUAGCAAUGUUCGCAAUUU